GCUGUGGCUGUGAUGCGGAGGAGACUCGAGUCAUAGAGCACGAGUUGAUCUCUCGGUCGGCACGGGGGUCCACGGCGGUGGACCUCCUCCUUCUGGACCAGCAAUGAUUCACAGCCUCUUCCUCAUCAACUCCUCCGGAGACAUUUUCCUAGAGAAACACUGGAAGAGCGUGAUCAGCCGUUCGGUUUGCGACUACUUCUUCGAGGCGCAAGAGCGAGCGUCGGAGGCUGAAAAUGUGCCCCCGGUCAUUUCCACCCCUCACCAUUAUCUCCUGAGCGUCUAUCGGCACAAGAUCUUUUUCGUGGCCGUCAUCCAGACAGAAGUUCCGCCGCUUUUCGUCAUUGAGUUUCUGCACCGGGUGGUGGACACGUUUCAGGACUAUUUUGGAGUCUGCUCCGAAGUUGUUAUCAAGGACAACGUGGUGGUGGUCUACGAGGUGCUCGAGGAGAUGCUGGACAACGGUUUCCCCUUGGCAACGGAGUCCAAUAUUCUGAAGGAGCUGAUCAGGCCGCCGACAAUCCUCCGGACAGUUGUCAACACAAUCACAGGAAGCACCAACGUCGGAGAGCAGCUCCCCACAGGGCAGCUGUCUGUGGUGCCCUGGCGACGGACCAGCGUGAAGUACACCAACAACGAAGCCUACUUUGAUGUGAUCGAAGAGAUAGACGCCAUCAUCGACAAGUCAGGUUCCACAAUCACAGCUGAAAUCCAAGGAGUGAUCGAUGCCUGCGUGAAAUUGACCGGGAUGCCUGACCUCACCCUUUCCUUCAUGAACCCAAGAUUGUUGGACGAUGUCAGCUUCCACCCCUGUGUGCGUUUCAAGCGGUGGGAAUCCGAACGCAUCCUGUCCUUCAUCCCUCCCGAUGGCAACUUCCGCUUGCUCUCUUAUCACGUCAGCGCUCAAAAUUUAGUGGCCAUCCCAGUCUACGUAAAGCACAACAUCAGCUUCCGAGACAGCAGCUCCCUCGGCCGCUUUGAGAUCACCGUGGGGCCCAAACAGACCAUGGGGAAGACGGUGGAAGGGGUACUGGUCACCAGCCAGAUGCCCAAAGGGGUGCUUAACAUGACCCUCACACCUUCUCAAGGGACACACACGUUUGAUCCUGUCACAAAGCUGCUGGUGUGGGACGUGGGGAAGAUCAGCCCUCAAAAGCUGCCCAGCUUGAAGGGGACGAUGGGUCUUCAGGCCGGGGCCUCCAAGCCUGAUGAGAACCCCACCAUUAACCUCCAGUUCAAAAUCCAGCAGUUGGCGAUCUCCGGUCUGAAGGUGAAUCGUUUAGACAUGUACGGAGAAAAGUACAAGCCUUUCAAAGGAAUCAAGUACAUGACCAAGGCGGGGAAAUUCCAAGUCCGCACCUGAGAGAUCUUCCGCCGUGGAGACGACUUGUGACUUCUACUCCACCUCUGCUCUCCUCUUCCUCGUGGUUUGCUCCUUCUGGAUUUCUUCUGAGACAGGCAACUUCCCCCACCCACCCCAGAUUGGCCAGCCCUUCCUCCUUUAACAUCUGGAGCUCCCCGUGGCGACAAAGAGCAACACGGAGACGUGGUAACUUCCCUGUGGGAUGGUUGGCUUCCCACUUCAGCCAACGAUGUGCUUUCCACGCCUCGUUGGAAGUCCACAACAGCCGGGUUCUUUGCCGGACGAAGCUGCAGGCAGAAGAGAUGCUGAAGGAACCCCAACAAGAAGAGGCUGGAUGGUCUUCCUGCUCACUGCACAGGAUUCUGGUUGGGCUCCCAAGCCUGCGCGAAUCGUUCUUUCCCAACCUCUCUGCACUCCGCCUGUCCUAUUUAACUGCGCCAGCGUGUACAGAAACAGGAAAGGGAC